GUAUGCUGGAUGAUACAUCGCAAGUACUUAAUCAAGAAGAAACUCCGACCUUACAUUAUUAGUGGGGACACAAGAAAAAAUGAUGUACCCACAAUCACAUGAAAGAUGCAGGCUCAUGUUUGCUCCUUUAUCUGCCCAAGAACAGUCUAAAUUUGGAAGACGCCAAUCCUGAUUCUGAUAAAGUAAAAUGACCAUGGUUGCAUCAAAGAAUCAUGCAAUCUCGGAAGAUUAGGAAGCUUAUUGUGAGCGGGAGUGAGUGGGUGGGGUCUACCAUAUACCAGGACAAAGAUUCCAAAGACAUGUAAGCCGCAAAAGCAAAGCAGUACGCAGGAAGCCAAUGACUUGGGAGUCAAUUCCGUACUGUUCUGUUGUUUUUAAUCAUUAGAAAAGAAAAACCAGCGCAUUAAUCUCAAAACCCAGCAUUCCAAUUUCCCAAUUGCCUCUUACAACUCAACACUUGACAGAAACAUAUAGAUAGUUGAAUUAAUCAAAUCAAAAAAAUUGUAACAUUCUCUGUUCAAAAAGGACAGACAGAGAGAUGAUCAGCUUCAGCAGAGCAGCAGGAGAAGAAGGUGGCUUGUCUCUGCCAGUGGGGUUCAGAUUUCGUCCCACAGAUGAAGAGCUGGUGGACCACUAUUUGAAGAAUAAGGUGCAGGGCAUGGAUUUACAUGCCGAAGGCAUCAUUGAUGAAAUUGAUAUCCUCAAGUUCGAGCCAUGGAAUUUAGUUGCGAAAUCGUUGAUGAAGCCGGACGAUGAGAACGGGUUCUUCUUCAGUCAACCAGAGUACACCCAAAAAAAACACACCAAGAGGAGCACCGAGGUAGGCUUUUGGAAGAUAACAGGCAGAGAACAUGAGAUCAGGACUCGAGACAGGAAAAGAACCGUCAUCGGCAAAAAGAGGAUUCUGACCUUUUACAAAGGUCAUGGUCGCAAUUCCGACAAGACCAACUGGGUCAUGCAUGAGUAUUAUAUCCCUAAAGCCCAUCCUAAUGCCAACCAGAGGGACUUCGUUCUCUGUCACUGUCACUUGAAGAAAAAUGUGAAAAAAUCAGAUGAGAUUCAUACUGAUGUUGCAACAACCUGUGAUGAAGGUGAGCCUAGUACUCACAAUGCAUCUGAUUUCGAACAUCCACCAGCACAUGAUAUUCUAGAGGAAGAUACUCAACAACCAGAAAAUCUGGACUACUUUGAGCGGAAAAAGGAUCUUUUGCUUGCAAGUUCCUGUAGCAAUAAUGAUCACAAUGCGACAUUUGCAGAUAAUGACUUGGAGUCUGAAUUGGAAGAGUCCUUAAUAACGCUCAACACAAAACCAUUCCAUGCAGGGGAGCUGAGUUUAGAAAAGCUUUAUGAACUACAACGUGAUUCGAGCCAGUCCAUACAAGAUACAGAUAUUAUGCUUCAUAACCAGUUAUCCAGACAGGCUGCUUCCUCUGUCAAUGUAGCACCCAAACCUCAGACUGAUCGAGUUCAAUUUCAGUCUGGUACAUAUCAAAGAGAACACAGACCACAACAGCAAUCAGGUCCCAUCAUUGUCUUUAGGGAUACUUCCGCCGACGAAUAUUAUACAAGGGAAAAAACACGCAGAAUAACAUAUCCACCAGAAAAGCCCAAAGAACCUGAAAAACCUAAACCUGCGCCAGAAAAGCCCAAAGAACCUGAAGAACGUAGAACUUCUGUUGAUUUGCCCCAGAAGCAGAUCUCUAUAACAAAGUCUAGCAUAGACAAGAAGGUGCCUCAAGGCAGUAUGGAGCAGACACAGAAUAGAACAACCCCCGGCAAUUGGAAGCGUUCCUUCAUUACCUGGCAAACAUCCCCAUUGAAAAGUCCCCCAUCAGUCUACAUUUUCAACACGGUUCUAGGCACAAUUUUGUUCUUGUUUUGUGUCCGGGAAGUAGUUUUAUAUGGGAAGUGGAGCUAAACUCACUCACCAGAAAAUAGUUAAUUCUUGUUCUCUAUAUUCUGUUACACAUUGAGUAAUGCCAAUCUUACUGGGUACUUAUUGUUUCGUAUAAAAAUAUGCGCUAAUCUCAGCCAUGGCGAUGGCUUUGCAAUGAUGAAAUGUUCAAAUAUGCCUAUAAAGAUUAACAGUCUUUCUUUCUACUGACCAGAUGUAAGGAUGUAUUGAGGUCUUGAAUUGUAUUGCUGGAGUUUCGAAUAUAGCAGUGUUUGCGUUA